AUGGCAGGUCUCGAUGCUUGGGAGACUUUCGGCGUCAGAAAACUCCUUGUGCUCCGCUAUAGCAGCAAUUCCGCUCAAUUCCUGGCCAUUUCCUCAGAGGUUUCUAGCCCGCGCAAGAAACGGUCAAACGUAAACGCCGCAGAAGCCACGGCAGGUUGUAUCGGAGCCGGAAUUGCAAUUAGAAAUCACGCGCCUCGAGAUGAAGUUAUUCGAGGCAGUGGUGUUCGCGUUCAGUCAACGACAUUCAAUCGUUGGACGUUGAAGUGCAUCGAAGCAGGCGAUUCCCAGGGUCGGUCAGUGCUAUGUAAUCGAGAACUCCCGGCGAAGCGUCUGUCUGAUUUUGGUUCGAUGCACGUCGUUGUCGCCGUCGUGGAGAGGCUUUUGCCACCUAUAUGUUGUGUGAGCAGCCGUCGGCGAUGCGUAUGCCCAAGGCAGCAGGAGGUCCGCGUUGCUGUCAGAAAAAUGAAGAAGUCUUCGAUCGACAGGGAGGAAGAAGGUGCUGACAAAGGAACGAAGCGUUGGACUUUGGUAAAGAGGGAUAGUGCAUUUACGUCAGCUGCGUUUUAUGACUCACGAUAG